UGAGGUGUCGUCUGCUCGACAGCGAUUUGUCGUCUGCUUGGACACACACAUCCGGCUACAGCUAAACGGUGAUAUAACUUCUGCUCUAGAUUGUGCUUGUGAUGAUAAGCUAUUGGAACUGUUACUUGGCAUAUAGGUGUUUCGGUUGGAAAUGGUGGAUUGCGGAUUCAAAAAGACCGCUGAAGAGGAGCUCAAUACCUUGCGACAGUUUAAUCAGUGUACUUUGAUGGUAUGGGUGUGUGGAGUGCUGCUAGCCGCGCCAGCUCUCAUCUUCUUGUAUUACCCAAGUCUAGUGCGUUCCAAAGUUAACUAUCUCAAUAUCAAGCUAACUGGGUUUCUAGGGGGCGGUGCCUCUCGGCAAAGUAUAAGAAUCCUAACUAUGAGUAUUCACUAUAAAGCUCGCAUUGAGACAUAUCCUCGGACAAAGGAUGUCAAACGGUUCCCAGUUCCAGAUGACAAGGUGCCAUGGAGUGCCGAGUUUGCUGUCUAUGAACCAGUAGACUACACAUCUCCCAAAGUUUUGGAAAAACCAGUUUGGGCAGAUCCUGAUAUUAGACACUCCGAUGCAGUUAUACGGCCGCCCAAAUGGAACAGUUUAGAUGGAGUAAUAAACAGGAGAAGCCAUUUAGGAAAUUACGAAGUUAUAGACAAAGUUCCAAGGAACCCAGUGGGUCGCACAGGGCUCCGUGGGCGAGGCUGUCUCGGAAGAUGGGGUCCAAAUCAUGCAGCAGAUCCCAUAGUAACAAGAUGGAAGAGGAAUACAACAGGAGAAGUAGUUAAAGCUAAAUCCGGGAGUCCUAUCCUUCAGUUUAUAGCAGUGCAGAGACAGGACAAUAAGGAGUGGGCGUUGCCAGGGGGUAUGGUUGAUGCAGGAGAGGUGGUGACUGUCACACUGAAGAGGGAGUUUGGGGAGGAGGCGUUGAACUCACUCAUGGCAACAGAUGAUGACAAGAGACAAAUUAGGCAGUCAAUAAGCGAUUUAUUCGACCGAGGUGGAGCAGAGAUUUACCGAGGUUACGUUGACGAUCCUCGGAACACAGACAAUUCAUGGAUGGAGACAAUAGCAGUGAAUUUACAUGACGAAAGAGGAGAAAAUGUUGCAAGAUUUAAACUCAAUGCAGGUGAUGAUGCUGUAGGAGUUCAGUGGAUGGAUGUGGAUCAUUCGUUACAGCUGUAUGCCAGCCAUAGGGACUUCAUACAGAAAACUGCUGAGAAACUGCAAGCCAGCUGGUGAAAGACGCAUCAAUAUCAACACCUUACUGAUAUCAACGCCCCUCCUCACACAGACUCAUCCUAGCUAGGUCCUGCAUAGAAGCCGUUAGCUUGAAAUGGACGAUACAAUGACUCAUUAGCACCUUACAAUGUUCGAAACUAGGGCUGAAAGUCGAGGGGUCCUUAUCAUAACCCUAAAGUUCAAAUUUAAAAACUAAAGAGGUCACUGGAUUCAAAUACUGUAGCAGGAGACCACAAGAACCCCAGGACCCCUGAAUUUUGAACACUGGUUUAGUCCUAGGACUAAGAAUCAUAUCCUUCUGCACAAAUCUGACUGCAUUCCAAUCUCAUUAAAAUCAGAUCUUAGUUCUCGCUACCGCUAAACAAAGAUCUGAGGACAUCCCAUUAGGGGUCACGUCAGAACGACUUUUCAUCCGACCAAUCAGAGCGUCGCUUUCCAGAUCAUGAAAGUGACAGUCGGAAUGUGUUUUUUAAUCAUGCAGCCUCGAAAACACUAAAACGAGGUAUUCCGAAGGAUAGUUACGGGCUCAACGACUGAAUCUAUACAAUCUAGACAAUCUAUUAGCCAUUCUAGAACGUUCUUUUGUUCAGGUUUCAAAUUUGUAAUCGAUAAUUUGUCAAAAUAUGUUUCGAAGCGUAGUCGCCAAUUUGAAA